GAAGAACGAACCAGAACAAAUGGGUGACGACGUUUGGCUCGUAAAAUUUUCAAGAGCGCUGAAGGUUUUCGAUUUUUUCAGUUACUUGACUUGUUUCCCCUAUUUCAUUUCUCUUUAUUUUAACUUAUAUCAAUCAUAAUGGCACCUCCAAUGAUGCAACCUCAAAUUAUCCUCUUAAAGGAAGGUACUGAUACUUCUCAAGGCAAAGGGCAGCUUCUCUCCAACAUUAAUGCCUGCACAGCCGUUGUGGAUACUGUCAAAACUACAUUGGGCCCCAGAGGCAUGGAUAAAUUGAUGGUUGAUAGUAGAGGAGAAGUAACUAUCUCGAACGAUGGUGCUACUAUUAUGAAAUUAUUGGAUAUUGUUCAUCCAGCUGCCAAAACUCUAGUUGAUAUUGCUCGUUCACAAGAUGCUGAGGUUGGAGAUGGUACUACAAGUGUUGUUUUACUCGCAGGUGAAUUAUUGAAGGAAGUAAAGGGCUAUAUCGAGGAAGGUGUCAGUCCUCAUGUAAUUAUCAAAGGCUACAGAGCCGCUGCUCGUUUAGCUAUCAACAAAGUAAAGGAAUUGGCAGUUCAGAUUGACAAGAAUAACGAGACUGAAUUCCGUGAUUUACUAACGAAAUGUGCCGCCACUGCUAUGAACUCUAAACUUAUUUAUUCUCAAAAAGAUUUUUUCACUAAAAUGGUAGUGGAUGCAGUCAUGUCUCUCGAUCAAGACGCCUUAAAUGAGCGUUUGAUUGGUAUUAAACGUGUACCUGGUGGUGCUAUGCAAGACUCUGUGCUCGUCAGGGGCGUUGCAUUUAAAAAGACUUUCUCUUAUGCUGGUUUUGAACAGCAACCAAAAUCCUUCAAAAACCCCAAGAUUUUGUGCCUUAACGUUGAAUUGGAGCUAAAAGCCGAGAAGGACAACGCUGAAGUGCGUGUCGAACAAGUUUCCGAAUAUCAAGCUAUCGUCGAUGCUGAAUGGCAAAUCAUCUAUCAAAAAUUAGAGGCCAUUGUUGCUAGUGGAGCCAAGGUUGUUCUAUCUAAAUUGCCUAUUGGUGAUUUAGCCACUCAAUAUUUCGCUGAUCGCAAUAUUUUCUGUGCAGGCCGUGUGACAAAAGAUGAUAUGGAUCGUGUUGUUCAAGCAGUUGGUGGUUCUAUUCAAUCUACUUGCUCUGAUUUGCGCUCUGAACAUUUAGGUCAAUGUGAGAGCUUCGAAGAGAAACAGGUGGGUGGAGAUCGUUUCAACAUUUUUGAAGGCUGUCCUCAAGCAAAAACCUGCACCCUGAUUCUUCGUGGUGGUGCCGAACAAUUCAUUGCUGAAGUUGAACGUUCUCUCCAUGAUGCUAUUAUGAUCGUACGUCGUGCGAUUAAGAAUAACUUGGUCGUUGCUGGUGGCGGUGCUACAGAAAUGGAGCUUUCGAAAUAUUUACGUGUUCACUCUCGUACAAUUGAGGGUAAGCAGCAACUUAUUAUUGGCGCUUUUGCUAAGGCCUUUGAAAUUAUUCCUAGACAGCUCUGUGAUAAUGCUGGUUUUGAUGCUACCGAUAUAUUAAACAAACUCAGAAUGAAGCAUGCUCAGGGCGGUACCUGGUAUGGUGUAGAUAUUAAUAACGAAACCAUUGCUGACAAUUUCGAGGCCUUUGUUUGGGAACCAGCAUUAGUAAAGACCAAUGCUAUUGCAGCUGCUACUGAAGCAGCCUGUCUUAUAUUAUCUGUAGAUGAAACCAUCAAAAAUGCCCAAAGUGAGAAGCCCCAAGCUGGGCCGAUGCCUGGUCGUGGAAGAGGAAUGAUGCCCAGACGAUAAUAUGAUAAUAAACAGACUGUUUGAUUGUAUAUAAGAAAUUUUUCUAUGUUUGAAACUUCAUGAACAUGACAUACAAGCUAACUGUGCUGCCUCUGUGCAGUCCUGAAGCCUUUUGAUCGUUUUUUUUUUUUUGUUU